AUGCCGACUCCAGCGUUCUCCAGCAUGGCACCGACCAGCUAUAAUGAUAAAUCGGCCCUGAACCGCUCUAUGAUUGCUCCCUCGCCCACACUGACGAACCCGGACAUGAUACUCCCUUACGGCAGAGAACGAGAGACAUCUACGCCCUCGCCCCCUUUUGAAGCUCUCCAGCGAGCGGCGGAGCACUCCAGAAUGCUUGCUAGCAGUUAUUCGCCCAUGCGUCAGCGCAGUACAUCCGUCUCGACCACCACAUCCUUCGAUCAAAGUUCCUCGGGACAUGACGAAUCGAGAUACCACUAUGCUGAGAGCUCAAAGGAGGGAUCGCCGCAGGUGGUGAAUUCUAGUAUGGGGAACGGAUUUACGCGAACCCAGUUUUCAGAGAUAGAGAAUACGUUAAGGUCCCAUUCUAGACGGCCAAGUAGGAACAACAACAGUGUGGACAGUCUUGUAGAUUCCGGCUCGGGACUCAUUGCGAGUGACGGGAUAUCCAAGCGGCAUUCGAAGCUCAAAGAACUACAAGACCUGCCGGAGGACUUCUUUGAACAUGAAAAGGCGCAAUUAGAGGAAGAACAGGCUGCGCAUGCAGGCGCAGACGACCUGAGUGCGGUGAUUUUUGAGCCAGAACAUCGAAUACUUCCAAUGGGCGCAAUUGCGGAGGAGGAUGAAGAAGACGACGAAAAGGCUGAUAAGACUGGAAACGACGACGGAAACGACAGUGAUGAUAUUGACGAGCUUACAUCUAUGCUAGAGAACGCAAAGCUAAGGCUUACGCAUAUGGAAGGCAACCUCAACCGUGCGCGCACUUCAUUCCGCAUGACUCCGUCACCCUCGCCGUCUUUAAAUCGCGCUUUUGCCAACCCCGGCGGAUCCUAUAAACCGCUUGCUAAGGGGGAGAGACGCGCUCAGACAUCCCUUGCAGGCGCAUUACUACGUCAAAGGGCUCACCAAGGCAUAUCUGGCAACACAUCAUCGCAUAUAAGAGGACAGAGUGAUCUAUACUCGCCGUCGUCGCAAGCCCAGCACCGACUAUCCGGAACGAAGGGGCAAUUCCGAUCAUAUAGUGCCCUGGGUUCCACAAGUGCUUCCGGAUAUAGGAAUGAAUUUUUCUCUUCUAUGGAAGAGCAAUAUGACGAUAAGGAGUCGAAUGUGGAAACUGGAUCUCCGAUCCAUGAAAUUUCUGUCGACAGGCCAAGGUCGCAAACUCCUUCUUCUUCCUCGCGGACCCCGUCUAUAGUUAAUGGACAGUCACGAUCCUCGCCCUUACACGACGGUGAUAUCAAGAGCUCGCCCGCUUUAUCAAAGUCUCCGCCAUUGAUUAAUAAACCUACCUCUGAUAGCCGAUCUAUCACCCCACCAUCGCCUGCUAACUCACAGCUGCAAAUGCUCGGCUUGCAGGGCCAAGUGGACGGCUUAAGAUCAAAACUUUCUACCCUCAAAGAAAGGACUCAGGAAGAAUCAAUACGAAGGCGUAGCCAGCAGAGCUUGCGUACGCCUAGUCCAUUUACCGUGGCUGACCAGAGCUAUGCGAAUCCCCUAGAAUACCAAAGGCAAUCAUCAUAUCCGGAAACGCUUUCUACUCCGAAGUAUGACAAACCCCAAUCUCCACCUACACGCAAUGAAGAAAUACAUGACAUUCCUUGCAAACCAUCUCCACCCCAGUCAGUUGAGGAGAAAAAGAUUGUGGAGGCCCAGGAAUCGGGAAAGCGGGAGUCUAUCCGAGAGCCUAUCCAGGAGUCCGUCGAGAAGAUAGAUGACAGUGAAUCCGAAUAUUUUGAGUAUUCGGAUGAUGGAUCUGAACAUUCUGAUAAUGCGGAUAUCGAUAGACAAGCGCUUGCCGAGAUACUACGGGAACCAUUAGAUAGCCCCGGUGGGACUCUCGACCAGGAGCUUUUGGAAGAGUUUCCUGCUGUCCCAGCGGCUCAAGAAACAAUUCGCCAUGAGGAUCGAAUCGAUGCCUUUGACUAUGAACACUUUAUUCUCCACAGUGCAUUAGGGACUUACUCGGGUGAGGCCACUUUCGCCACAGCAACCGAAGGGGAAGAUGACUAUCGUGAUGUGACUUCGCCAAAUGGCCAUGAAACUUUCUGGGAUGGAGAACAACCUACCACUCGCAAUAAAUCUCGCCAUUAUACUGAAGAUUCUCUAACAAUUCCUCCCUAUCAAUAUAACAACAACUCUCCCGCCUACUCAAGUACGCAAUCUGUCUCAUCCACGCCCCGUGCCUCCGUGGUGCAAGGGAACGUAACAAAUGAACAAAACGCUGCUUUAUUAGCCUCGAUUUCCGAACUUCAAAAAGCUGCAGCUACUCCACCAACUCCUAGCCUACUUGUCAGGUCUCUCAUAUCCUCAGCAGCUAAUGAAAAUGCCAGCAACGAGUCUGGAAUGUACUCUCCGCACAGUGGAACCCUAAACGAUGCUGAUGCCGAACUUGUGGAAGCCGUCAUCCAAAGCCUAGGCAACGUGAGCCUUGAGCUCCUUCGAGCUUCAACUACUGACCUCAAGUCCGCUAUCGAUAAUCGAAUUGUGACCAUCCUACGGCGCAGAUUAGAGGCUGCCCGAAGAGUCUUAGACGGCCUAGCGCCGUUGGAGGCCAAUUCCUAA